AUGGCUGACAGGGUUUACCCGUCGGCGAAGCCGAACGGCUCCGCCGCGCCGCUACACCUCAACCCUCCGCCUGCCAAAUCUCACCUCCACAAUCCGAUGCGCCACCCAUACCGCCCUGCCCCGCCCUCCCGCCUCCGCCGGAAACUCGAGCGGAGGCUCAGCUGCCGCCGCUGCUGCUGCCUCACCUGCCUCUGGGCCGCGCUCGUCCUGAUCGGGCUCCUCCUCCUCGCCGCCACCGCCGCCGCCGCCGUCUACGCGCUGUACCGCCCCCGUCGCCCCCUUUUCUCCGUGACCUCGCUUAGGAUCUCGGCCCUCAACCUGACCACCGCGCCAGCCGACGAGUCAACGCGCCUCACCGCCAGGGUCAACGUCACCCUCUCGGCGAAGAACCCCAACAAACGGAUCGCGUACCAGUACGACCCGAUGUCCGUCGCCGUGGUCUCCGGCCCGGUCGCCCUGUGCAACGGCUCCGCCGCGGGGUUCGCCAGCUCGCCAGGAAACAUCACGGUUGUCCACGCGGCUAUGGCAUCGGACCACCAGUUGCUGGACGGGGACGGCGUGAGGUGGCUGAGGUCGGAUCUGAGGAGGAGAAAUGGGCUGCAGCUGGAAAUCGUGGUGGACACGACGGUAGGGGUAAAAAUGGAAAAGAUGAAGAUGAAGAAGGUGUGGAUCAGGAUCAGGUGCGACGGAGUGCACGGACAGGUGCCCAAGGGCAAAGAUAUAAUUUCUGCCAACACUGCCCACGCUAGGUGUAACGUGGAUCUCAGAAUCAAGAUCUGGAAAUGGACAUUUUAA